UCAUUUAGUAUUCAGAUGUUUCUCUAAACCAGAGAAUAUUUAUUGCGGUACCUCCUCUUGUGCAAAAAGCUCCUCUGGGUUGUUGAACCAGAGUCUUCGAUUCUGACCAGGAACAUCCUUAGCAGAGAUGAAGGCAACCACUCCAGGCAUGGCCAGAGCCACUGAUGCAUCUAUAGAACUGAGAGAUUUGGAUUACUCCCCAAAAUUAAAAAUUUGAAGAAGCCCAUCCACCUGAUGAAUGAAUUAGUUAAACAAGCUUGUGUACCAUCCUUAAUUCUGAAAGGAUUUGGACUCCAUACAGAGUGCACUCCCUUUAGUUAAACACAUUAGUUUCUAGACACUAAGACACUACCCAUAAUCCCCCAGUACACCCACCUACUCAGGUGAAUAUAAAGUCCAGACAGAACAGCUCACAGACAUCAGACCUCAGCACAGGAGCAUCCUGAACAUCUCUACACACUGAGGCAACAUGGACACAAGAGCCUCCCUCUCCAUUCUGCUGCUGCUGUUUGGCGUCUCCCAGGCAUCUCCUCUCAUGGUAAGAUCCUGUCUAGUCUCUCCCUUACAACAGUUCUCAAAUGAGGAGCAGAGGUUUGAAGGAGUGUUUGUAUCAGAGCCUGAAACUAUGGACAUCACUACAAGGAUUUUAGACACCAACAAUGGAUCUUCUGAAGUCUUGAUUGAAGGAGAUCUGGUGUUUCCCAAAACCAGAAAUGCUCUCUUCUGCUUUAACAACAACUGUUUCUGGAAGAAAAACUCUAACAACAUAGUGGAGGUCCCGUACAUAGUGAGCGCUGAAUUCUCCUAUUAUGACAGAUCAGUGAUUGCGAACGCCAUGUCCACCUUUCAUGCCAAAACCUGCAUCCGCUUUGUGGCCAGAUCAUCUCAGACUGACUACAUCAGUAUUGAGAACAAAGAUGGGUGCUACUCUUCUCUAGGUAGAACUGGUGGCAAACAGGUGGUCUCCCUCAACAGGUACGGCUGUGUGUACAAUGGCAUCGUUCAACAUGAGCUGAAUCAUGCCCUGGGCUUCUACCACGAGCAAACCAGGAGCGAUCGUGACCAGUACGUCAAAAUCAACUGGGAGAACAUCUCUCCUGAUAUGGCCUACAACUUCCAGAAACAGAACACCAACAACCAAAACACUCCAUACGAUUACGGCUCCAUCAUGCACUAUGGAAAAACAGCCUUCUCCACCCAGCCCGGGCUGGAAACCAUCACUCCCAUUCCUGAUGCGUCGGUGGAAAUCGGACAAAGGCAGGGACUGUCCAACAUCGACAUCCUGAGGAUCAACAAGCUGUAUGGAUGCUGAAGAUGAGACUUGUACACAUAAUAAUAUAGUUCAUGUGUCUGUAGAUGAAUAGUGGUUUGAGGUUAUGUUUUGUCUUUUGAUGGUGUUGAAUUUCUGAAAUGUGUGAUUGUGUUGAGUUGUGAAAAAUAAAGCUAAACUGCAAGACAAACUUAUACUUCAUUUGUAA